UCCCAUCGGUCCAGCGCAGACGGUAAUCCUCAGCCCGUUACAAGUUUUAUAGGUGUUACACCUUGUACCGAUUGGCUACUACGCCCUUGGCGCACACCAGAAAUAUGUUUGGAGCCCGCAGCGCAAACCUUGUUUUGCGAAGCCUUGUCCGUCCAGGAGCACGCAGCAAGCACACCCUGCCUGACCUGCCGUAUGACUACAAUGCCUUGGAGCCCAUCAUUUCGGCCGACUUGAUGCGGGUUCACCAUGAUAAGCACCAUGCAGCCUAUGUGAACAACCUCAAUGCUGCCGAGGAGAAGCUGUCCCAAGCACUGGCCAAGAACUGUACCCAGAGUAUCAUCUCGGCAGCAGCUGCGAUCAAGUUUAAUGGUGGUGGGCACUUGAACCACAGCAUCUACUGGACAAACUUGUCGCCCAAUGGUGGUGGGGAGCCCACAGGUGACUUGCUGGAGGCAAUCAGGGAGGACUUUGGAAGCUUUGAGGCUCUCAAGACCCUGAUGUCUGCCCGUGCAGUAGGGGUACAGGGCUCUGGCUGGGCCUGGCUUGGCUACAACCCCAAGACGCAGAAGCUACAAGUGGCCAACACUUUCAACCAGGACUCCCUCAUUGAUGCUGAAGGGCUGGUGCCCUUGUUUACAAUAGACGUCUGGGAGCAUGCAUACUACCUGCAGUACAAGAAUGUGCGACCAGACUACGUCAAGGCCAUCUGGGACAUUGCCAACUGGGAAAAUGUUGCUGUGAGGCUGCAGAAGGCACGCAGCCAAUGAGAUCCUAGCCCUUCACCUUUAGGUGUUUACUUUUGACUGAUCAAUAAAUAGCUUGAAGUGAUGAA